AUGGCUGCGGGUGACGUGUCAAGCACGCACUUCGCCGGGGUUCACUGCGGCAGCUGGGCCCCGCACCUUACCUUCGCAGCGGUCGACCGGAGAAUCGUUCUUGGGGAUAUGGUCGAUAGCCAAGGCAACACGUUGGUUGAUCAACGCCGAAGGUACUUCUGGGUCAAUUCGCGCGCCUUGUGCGCAACAGCUACGGUGGAAGACAAGAUGGGAGAAUUGUGCAGAGGACCGCGGGCUUCGGCGCUGCACGGGGCAGAGACGUGGCUCGUGACAGCAGAUCUCAUGCACAAGCUGCGGAGCUGGGAGUUCAGAUUUCUCCGACGCGCCUUCUGGCUAAGACGUAAACCCGGCUUCGAGCUGAUGGACCAGGGCCACGCCGAGGUCUUCGACACGGGCGACCAGGACCGCGGCGCGUGGCCGGGCCAUCUGCGCAGCGCCGCUGGAGCACGAACCGCGGCGCGAGUGCAGCCAGUGGAGGCCGAAGUCCACAGCAACGCAGCCAGGCUCGCCGCCUUCGGCAACGGCGAGGACUGGCAGGCCAUCGUCAGAGCCGAGAUGUCGGCGUUCGUCACUGCGCACCCUGGCAGCUUCAUAGAGCAGAAGGCGUCCGCGCUGGUCUGGCACUACCGGCAGGUGCUGGACGAGGCGGCCAGCGAGUCCUCGGCGACGCAGCUCGUGGAGGCAGCUGGAGGCUGUCAAGGCAGACCGCAGUCUGUCGAAGAUCAGGACAGGAUCUCCUAUGGCCACAAAGUCGUGGAGGUGUCCUACCGGAAGGUGCGUAAGGGCCCUGUCAUGCGGCAGAUCUGCGAGGAGAAGGCGGUCUUCGGGGAGCCGUUCCUGUCGGUGCUCGUGGCUGGGGACGACACCUCGGAUCCCCGACGAGUCGAUGUUCGACAUCGCGCCAGGGGACUUCCUCACCAUCAAGGUCGGGCGGGCGCCGACGCACGCGAAGUUCCGCGUGGACUCGCCCGCCGACCUGCGGAGGUUCCUGUGGCAGGUGGUCGGGCACUGAGCGGCGCGCGGGGAGGCACCGGCCGCCCGCCCCGCACGCGACCGGUGGCCCGCCUCGGCCGCGCCCCGCGCUGCCUCUCCAUGCUGGUCCUCGUGCCUCGUCCUUCUCUGCUCCUGCUCCUGCUCGUCUCGCUCCCGCUGCCGGCUCUGGGCUCCCGAUCGUCCAGCUCGGUCCCCGCUGCCGCGGCCCCCGCGCUGCUCCUUCGGCGAUGCCAGCUCCCCCUCGCGGGCGCCGUACUCCCUGGAGGGGAGCGACGGCGCAGCGGGAGCUGA